GAUGUUCUUAAAGGCCCAUUUCCAGUUUGCAAGAAGUGAAAGCACAUUUAUUACAACCAAAACACUCUGAAAGUGGUUGAUUGAACAGUAAUUUAAUUGUUUAAUUCUCAACACACAUGAUGUUUGUCGCGGCAGAAUCCACCCCAACGUCUUUUAAAGACUUUACCCUGAUUAUGCCAGUAAUCUCUGUUGGAAAUGUGGGGCAGCUGGCAGUGGACCUGAUUGUUUCUACGCUCAACAUGUGUCGAGUCGGAUACAUCCACACUGACUGUCUCAUCCCUAUGGCAGGGAACAACCCUUAUGCUACAUUCGCUGAGAACGCCAACGACCUCAGUACCAAUGCAGAAGUGUACUCUUCUCCAGAGUUGAGGUUGGCAGUUCUUCAGAUCAGAACCCCAAUUAUCCAGACAAAGUCCAAGAAGUUCUGUAAGCUGAUGGUGUCUUGGAUCAAAGCCAGUGGUUUCUCCAGGACUGUCGUGCUGUCCAGCAGUCAUGCUUACCAGAGGGAUGACCAACAGCUACUGGGGUCUCCCCUGCGUUACCUGCAGACUCCCUCCAUGCAGAAGGUGACUGGUGACCGGCUGAAGGAGAUGGAGUGGAAGGAGAUGGAGACAGUAUCUACCUUCCCUGGGGUUACUGACUCAGAGCAGCGCCUCUAUAUACCUGGAGGGGGCGCCACUAAAGGCCUCUUCACUGACAGCUGUGCUGAGGACAUUCCUCUGGUGGUGGUGCUGAUCUUCUGCUCUGAAGGAGACAACAUCCCAGACGCCUUCACUCUCCUCAACCACCUCAACACCUGGCUCCACCUAGUGGACGCACCUGUAAGUGCUUGUGCCCAGACGCAGCCAAAGUGGAGGAUACCAGCAUCAUGGAGGCUUCUCUUUGGCAGUGGCAUCCCCCCUGCACUCUUCUAAAUCACCUAGUGGAAUCACCCCCUGCCCCAACUCUCCUAAAUCACCCAGUGGAAUCUCCCCUGCCCCAACACCCCUCCCCCACCCUCUCCAGAAAUUGGUGACUCGACCCAGAUUAUAGGUUGGUCUGAAUGUUUUGAAAAUGGGUGACAGCAUCUUUGGUGUUAUGAGUCCAGGUUUAUAGUCCUGAAGUGUGCCUAGUGGUUAUCAUUACCUACCCUGGUGAUGAGAAUCAAUAUUUACUCUACGGUUAUUAAAGGUAUUAAAUAAUC